UUGGUGCUCACCUGUAUGGCGGAGGGUAGCUGGCCUCUGGAAUUUAAAUGGAUAUUCAACACCACUGAACUCACCCCGUUCUCCCUGGAGUACAGGUAUCUGAUACCCUCUCUGGAUCGGACUCACGCCGGGUUCUACCGCUGCAUCGUGAGGAAUCGAGUCGGCGCUCUGCUGCAGCGCAGAACCGAAGUGCAAGUAGCAUUCAUGGCAGGGUUUAACGACACUGUGAGGUCGGAGAGCGUAUCUCAGGGAGAAGCUGCGGUGAUCAAAGCCCCCCAGAUCCACAGCUUCCCUCAGCCGCAGGUCACGUGGUUCCGCGACGGCCGGAAGAUCCCGCCCAGCGGCCGCAUUGCCAUCGCCCUAGAGAACACUCUGGUGAUCCUGUCGGCCGUGGCGCCGGACGCCGGGCGCUACUACGUUCAGGCGGUAAACGACAAGAACGGAGACAAUAAAACCAGCCAACCAAUCACGGUGACUGUAGAGAAUGUUGGUGGUCCAGCAGAUCCUAUCGCUCCUUCCAUCGUUAUUCCUCCCAGAAACACCAGCAUCGUCUCAGGAACGUCUGAGGUCACUAUGGAGUGUGUAGCUAAUGCCAGGCCGUUGAUAAAGCUCAGCAUCAGCUGGACGAAGGACGGAGUUCCGGUCCGUUCGGGUCUGAGUGAUUUUAAUCGAAGGUUGACCCUGCUCAGUCCCACCGUCGGUGAUUCAGGAUUUUACGAGUGUGAAGCUGAGCUGAAGAGCAGCAGUGUGCCGUCAGUCAGUGCCGGAGCGUUUCUCCACGUGCUAGAACCACCCCAGUUCGUGAAGGAACCAGACAAGCACAUCACGGCUGAGAUGGAAAAGGUGGUAGACAUUCCCUGCCAGGCGAAAGGUGUUCCACCACCCGAGAUCGUGUGGUACAAGGACGCCACGCCCAUCAGUCCGUUGAAGAACCCUCGGUACCACGUUCUGUCUGGCGGGAGUCUGCAGAUUAAUGGCCUCCUGCCUGACGACACGGGGAUGUUUCAGUGCUUCGCUCAGAACACCGCGGGAGAGGUUCAGACCAACACCUACCUCGCCGUCACCAGCAUUGCUCCGAACAUCACGGUGGGUCCGUCAGACAGCACAGUGAUUGACGGGAUGUCAGUGAUUCUGCAGUGUGAGACGGCGGGAGCACCACGGCCUGCCAUCACCUGGCAGAAAGGUGAGCAUGUGUUAGCGAGUGGUUCUGUCCAGCUACCACGCUUCACCCUGCUGGAGUCAGGCAGUCUGCUGAUCAGCCCCGCCCACCUGUCCGACUCGGGUAGAUACACGUGUACAGCGAGCAACUCCAGAGGUAUCGAUCAGGCUUCAGCAAACCUCGUGGUGUGGGCUCGUACCCGUAUCUCCACCCCCCCUCAGGAUCAGAAUGUAAUUAAGGGCACCAAAGCCGCCAUGACCUGCGGAGUCACCCACGACCCCAGCGUUAGUGUCAGGUUCGUUUGGGAGAAGGAUGGUCAGGCGAUUAACCCCAGGUCGUCGCCACGGUUACGGAUGGACGUCAACGGGACCCUGCACAUCUCUCAGACCUGGUCAGGUGAUAUCGGCACAUACACCUGCAACGUGACAUCACAGGGCGGGAACGACUCGCACUCCGCCCACCUGAAAGUCAGGCAGCUGCCUCACGCCCCGGAGAACCCCGCCGCCGUGCUGAGCUCCGUGGAGAAGAGAGCUAUCAACCUGACCUGGGCCAAACCCUUCGACGGGAACAGUCCUCUGAUCCGCUACGUCCUGGAGGUGUCUGAGAACAAUGCUCCGUGGAUGCUCCUGAUGGAUGAUGUUGAUCCAGACUCAACAGCGCUCACGGUGAGCGGACUGACUCCCGCCCGGUCCUAUCAGUUCCAUCUGUGCGCCGAGAACAAUGUGGGACGGGGUCCGUUCAGCGCCGAGACCCAGCGGGUCUCUUUACCCGAGGAGCCCCCCAGCGCACCCCCCCAAAAUGUGAUCGCCAGUGGCCGUACCAACUCCUCCAUCAUGAUCCAGUGGCAGCCUCCACCCGAGAACCAGCAGAACGGGGCUCUGCUCGGCUACCUCGUACGGUACCGUCUAACAGGUCUACCAGUAGACAUCCAGUACAAGAACCUCACCAAUCCAGAGGUCACCAACCUGCUUCUGGAGGACCUGAUCAUCUGGACCAACUAUGAGAUCGAGGUGGCAGCGUAUAACGGAGCGGGACUGGGCGUCUACAGCCACAAAGUAACAGAGUGGACGCUACAAGGAGUUCCCACUGUGGCUCCAGGCAACGUUCAGGUUGAAGCUGUGAACUCCACCAGUAUCCGUUUUACCUGGACCGCGCCCAACCCUCAGUUCAUCAACGGCAUCAACCAGGGAUACAAGCUCCUGGCGUGGGAGGCGGGGCAGGAAGAGGAGGAGCUCACGAUGAUCACGGUUCGUCCGAAUUUCCAGGACAGCGUUCACGUCGGCUUCGUCGGCGGACUUAAAAAAUUCACGGAGUAUUUCACGUCGGUGCUGUGUUUCACCACACCGGGGGAUGGGCCACGCAGCCCCGCCCAGAGAAUACACACCCAUGAAGAUACUCCUGGUGCUGUGGGUCAUCUGAGUUUCACUGGAAUUCUGGACACGUCCCUGAAAGUCAGUUGGAGAGAACCUCACGAGAAGAACGGCGUUCUCACUGGGUACCGUAUCUCGUGGGAGGAGUUCAACCGAACCAACACACGUGUCACCCACUACCUGCCCAACGUCACCCUGGAGUACCGCGUCACCGGACUCACCGCUUUAACCACCUACACUAUUGAGGUAGCGGCCAUGACGUCUAAAGGACACGGACAGAUCUCGUCCUCCACCAUCUCGUCCGGAGUUCCACCAGAACUUCCUGGUCCUCCAACAAACCUGGCGAUCUCCAACAUCGGGUCUCGAUCCGUCACCCUGCAGUUCAAACCCGGCUAUGAUGGGAAAACCUCCAUCUCUCGCUGGCAGGUGGAGGCACAGAUCAGUGUUAUUGGUGAGAAUGAGGACUGGCUGAUGGUCCACCAGCUGGCUAAUGAACCUGAUGUCCGGUCGAUGGAAAUACCCGCUCUCAACCCCUACACCUUCUACAGAUUCCGUAUGCGCCAGGUGAACAUCGUGGGCACGAGUCCACCCAGCCAACCUUCCAGAAAGAUCCAGACCCUGCAGGCUCCGCCCGACAUGGCUCCCAUCAACGUGACCCUGCGCACAGCCAGUGAAACCAGCCUCUGGCUCCGAUGGGUGCCUCUGCCCGAGUGGGAGUACAACGGAAAUCCAGAGUCAGUGGGGUACAAGGUCCAGUACAGUCGGAUCGGGGGUCACGCCAAAGUCCUGAGCCAUGUCAUCCCGGACCGUCUGGAGAGGGAGUUCACCAUCGAGGAUUUGGAGGAAUGGACGGAAUAUGAAGUCAAAGUUCGGGCCGUUAACGGGAUCGGGGCCGGACCCUGGAGUCUGCCUGUCCGAGGACGGACCCGAGAAUCCAUUCCAUCCUGCGGCCCCUCCAACGUCUCCGCCCUCUCCACGUCCUCCAGCGGCAUCCUGGUCCGCUGGUCUGAGGUUCCUGAACCCGACAGGAACGGCCUGAUCCUGGGCUACAAGGUGGUGUAUAAGGAGAAGGAUUCGGACUCUGCUGUUCGGUUGUGGACGGUGGAGGGAAACACCACUCACGGCGUGGAGCUGACCGGUUUGGGGAAGUACGUCCUGUAUCAUAUUCAGGUCUUAGCGUUCACGCGCAUCGGAGACGGGCGACCGUCCACUCCGGCCAUCCUGGAGCGCACCCUCGAUGAUGUGCCAGGACCUCCUGUUGGCAUUUUGUUUCCGGAGGUUCGAACCACUUCAGUGAGGUUGAUCUGGCAAUCUCCAGCACAGCCCAACGGCAUCAUCCUCGCCUAUCAGAUUACGCACCGUCUGAACUCGACCAAUAGCAACGCGGCGACGGUGGACAUGCUGAACCCGAGCACCCGCCAGUACGCGGUGAACACGCUCAAACCGGAAUCGGUGUACGUCUUCAGCAUCACGGCUCAGACGCGCAAAGGAUGGGGCGAGGCCGCCGAGGCCCUGGUGGUCACCACGGAGAAGAGAGCACGGCCGCAGCCUCCUCGGCAUCCCGCCGUCCCACAGGAGAGCGUCCGCGCGCGCAGCGUGCUGUUGUCCUGGGAACCAGGUAGCGACGGCCUGUCUCCGGUCAGAUAUUACACGGUCCAGGUGCGAGAACUUCCGGAUCAGAACUGGACCGUGCAGUCGGCGUCCGUUAAUCACGAGGCCACGCCCUACACCGUGGACAGACUGAAGCCGUUCACAUCGUACCAGUUCCGUGUGAAGGCCACUAAUGAUAUUGGAGACAGUGAUUACAGUGAGGAGAGUGAAGCUGUCACCACGCUGCAGGACGUUCCUGAUGAAGCUCCCAUCAUCCUCUCUGUUACGCCUCACACCACCACGUCUGUUCUGAUCCGCUGGCAGGCUCCGGCGGAGGAGAAGAUCAACGGCAUUCUGCUCGGGUUCCGUAUUCGAUACCGAGAGCUCAUUUACGACCGACUGAGAUCCUUAAACCUCCACAACAUCAACAAACGAUCCGGCUGGAGCGAGUUCGCCUAUCCCUACAGCGUGACGAACCUCAGUGAUUCUUCUCUCAACCAGUACCAGCUCACCAAACUGAGUAAACAUAAGCGAUACGAGAUCAGAAUGAGUGUUUAUAAUGCAGUCGGUGAAGGACCAAUCAGCUCCCCACAGGAAGUGUUUGUGGGAGAAGCAGUGCCCACAGCUCCUCCCCAAAACGUUGCUGUCCAGUCAGCCACCGCCACUCAGCUGGACGUGACCUGGGAGCCGCCUCCUGUGGACACACAGAAUGGAGAUAUACAGGGAUACAAGGUGUAUUUUUGGGAGUACGAGCGUAAGAACGAAACGGAGAAGCUGAAGACUCUCUUCCUGCCCGACAGAGGGGUGAAACUGAAAAACCUGACUGGUUUCACCACCUAUUUGGUCAGCGUCGCUCCGUUUAACGCUGCCGGAGACGGACCACGCAGCUCUCCCACCAGGGGGCGCACUCAACAAGCAGCUCCCAGUGCUCCCAGUUUUAUCCACUUCAGUGAGCUCACCACCACCUCGGUGAACGUAUCCUGGGGACGGCCGGUCUUUCCUAACGGCAUCAUUGACGGGUACCGCCUCAUCUACGAACCCUGCACCCCUAUCGAUGGUGUAAGUAAGAUAGUGACGGUGGAUGUGAAGGGAAACGCCCCCCUGUGGCUGAAAGUCAAAGACCUGGUCGAUGGAGUCACCUACAACUUCCGUCUUCGCGCCAAAACCUUCAUCUAUGGACCUGAUGUUGAGGCUAAUAUCACCACUGGACCUGGAGAAGGUGCUCCGGGGCCCCCUGGUGAACCGUUCAUCUCUCGUUACGGCUCCACCCUGACUAUACACUGGACCAGUGGAGAUCCUGGACGGGCCCCCAUAUCCAGAUAUGUCAUUGAGGCCAGACCCUCAGAUGAAGGUUUGUGGGACAUUUUGAUCAAGGAUAUUCCAAAGGAAGUGACCUCAUACACCUUCAGCAUGGACAUACUAAAGCAGGGAGUCAGCUAUGACUUCCGAAUCAUCGGAGUUAAUGAUUAUGGAUAUGGAUCUCCAAGCCAACCUUCUCCUUCUGUUUCAGCCCACAAGGUGGCACCAUUCUACGAGGAGUGGUGGUUUCUGGUGGUGAUGGCAUUAGUUGGACUCAUCUUCAUCCUCCUGCUGGUCUUCAUCCUUAUCAUCAAAGGACAGAGCAAGAAAUACUCCAAGAAGGAGUUGGGUAACGGUCCGAACUGUACCACGCUGACCCAUGGAGACAUUAUGGGUCUGGAUGAGGGUCGAUUCCCCACGCUGGAGCUCAAUAACCGUCACCUGUCUGUGAAAAACUCCUUCAACAGGAAGAACUGCAUCUACACCAGGUCCCCACCCAGACCAAGUCCCGGUAGUCUGCACUACUCAGACGAAGACAUCAACACCAAGUACAGCGAUAUCAUUAAAGAAGAGACCUGCAGCCUGACCGAGAAAAAAUCUGAACCUUCUGAAUCGCAGGGCAGUGACAGUGAGGGCGAGGCGGACACUAACCUACAGAACCAGACUCACUCAUUCGUCAAUCACUACAUCAGCGAUCCCACCUACUACAACUCGUGGCGUCGACAGCAGAAGGGAAUCUCCAGAGCCCCGCCCUUCACCUACAGCCAAUCGGAACCUAUGGAACCCGCCCCCGCCUCGACUACGGUUCCCGCCUCGUCUCCUGCUACUCCCCCUAGCCCCGCCCAGGCUGAACCUCAGUGCCUCUUCAGACCCAAGGGCAGUCGGACUCCCACUCCGAUGCAGCAGAGUUCUGGCCACCCCACCCUGUACCGACCACCCAGCAGCAUGGCACCCCUGGCCCCGUCCGCCACGCCGCGCCCUCCCAGCAGCCUGGCACCGUCCGCCACGCCGCGCCCUCCCAGCAGCCUGGCGACACCCCCGACGCCACGCCCACCCAUCGCCGGAUUCUCUUCGUUCGUCUGA